CCGCAUACACAUAACUCAUGUCAGCACGUACAUAACAUGUGACGUUGCCCCUCCCCCAAGCAAAGCUCAAAAAUGGCAGUAUCAACCAAAGGGCUAGGGGUCCGAGACAAACCAGCUUGUCUCAUUGUAUGCAGCUCUCAUUCAAGAGGAGUUACUGCACAGUCUUUCAUUCAUGCCUUCACCCUCACAUCAUCCACUUUUAAUGUGUUCCUUGCCACGCCAGAGGGAAAGCCAAUGGAUUUUGUUGAUAUUGACGACAACAAUAGACAGUGGGUGACCGACUUCAACUCAAAGUCCAUCUCCAUGCCACAUAGACUAGAGGCAAUAGAUGCGUCCAAAUUUAUCGCUGUACUAAUUCCAAGCUGCCCUGGAGCACCUUUUGAUCUGGCAAACAGCCAGUACCUGGCUGCUAUUUUGAAUGCCUUCCUCAAGGACAAAAAGCCUGUGUGUGCUGUUGGGUUUGGCGUUAGCGGAUUAUUCUGUACAGCAGAUAAACAAUCACAUACAUGGCCAUUCAAAGACUACAGUUUAACUGCUCCUUCAGUAGCAGAGCUGGCAAAAAGGGACGAUUUUCCCACACAGCCGUUUGUCCCAUCAGAGUUCAUUAGAAAGCAUGGAGCCUCUUACAGUGCAACUAAAAGUGACUCAACAUAUGUCGUCAUUGACAACCAUGUAGUAUCUGGACAGUCAGUGAAGUCCACUCUAACAGCUGUACAGAAUAUCAUUUUAUUGAGCAAUGCGAGAUUGACUAAACAAAGAUAGUUUGCAUGCUUUAUGUUUUUAAUACGUUGAUUGUUUCUCAUUAUUAUAAUUAUCCUGCAAGAAGAAAAUUGAACCAGUA